AUGUUACGGAGUAGUCAGAAGAAGAACGUCAUAUGGCUGAUUUUAGUUUCAGUGGCAGUGAGAAUUGUGGUUUUCAUGUUUGGACUCUAUCAAGAUGCUCAUUUCAAAGUCAAAUUUACUGAUAUCGAUUACAAUGUGGUUAAUGAUGCUGCUAAUUACGUCUAUCAGGGCCAAUCUCCAUAUUUGAGGGACACUUACAGGUACACUCCAUUAUUGAGCUGGAUUGUGUCUUUGAAUCAGACCGUCGGUUGGUUCCAUUUCAGUAAAUUGAUUUUCAUUCUUUGUGAUAUUUUGACUGGAUUGAUUCUACUAAAAUUGGUCAAUUAUAAUUUGACCCUGGGUUCCUGUUGGCUAUUGAACCCAAUGGUCAUUACAAUUAGUACAAGAGGUAAUGCAGAAAGUUUACUGUGUUUUAUCAUCGUAUUAUUUUUACUCCUGUUCGAGAGAGGCUAUGACGUCUUAGGUGCCAUUAUAUUUGGGCUCAGUAUACAUCUUAAGAUAUAUCCAAUAAUUUUUGCACUACCAAUCACGGUGUAUUUGUACAGAACAAGAAAGAGGGCAACAGUGAAGAUCUUUCUCGUUGGUUUGAUGACAUUAUUGACCAUAGUUGCAUUGACCUUGGUUAUGUAUAACAAGUAUGGUUACCAAUUUCUUGAUCAAACGUACCUGUACCAUCUGUACAGAUCUGAUCAUAGGCAUAAUUUUUCAAUCUGGAAUCUACUAUUAUAUUAUGACUCUGCUGGUACGACAGAUUCCAUGAUUGCCAAAUUUGCAUUCUUACCACAAUUGAUCGUGGUUACUUUGAUCGGUGCAUAUUCACUGUGGUUACCAAAUAAUACUGUCACCACAUCACAAACGAAUUUUGAAAUGUUAAUCAACGUUAUCUUUUUACAAAUCUUUGCAUUUGUCACUUUCAAUAAAGUGAUCACGUCACAAUACUUCAUCUGGUUUUUAAACUUCAUACCGAUCAUUGUCCAAAACACAACCAUUUCCCCAUUACGAUGGGCGAUAAUCAUUGCCACGUGGUUCGUCACACAGGCACUCUGGUUAUCAAACGGAUACAAACUCGAAUUUCUAGGACAAAACGUGUUUUAUCCUGGAUUAUUUCUAGGUAACGUAUGUUUCUUCAUGGGGAACGUUUGGAUUCUGGGCCAAUUUAUCAACGACGUAAAAAACAAAUUUACAAUCACACUUGAAAACAGCAAGAAGAUCCAGUAG